AUGCCUGUUCCUUUCGAGACUCUGAUUCCCUAUGGAAUCAUGGUUGCCAUGUUUGGCAUUACCGGCACCGGCUUGCACGUCAUCAAAUACGUCCAGAAUGGUGGAAAGAAACCUCGUUGGGGGCUGGAUCAAUGGGACAGAGUUAUGAUGGAUCGCGACCGUCGACUCACGGGCGACCUGCGAGGUCAAAUCGACAACGCCGAAGCCCCUCCAGGCUUCGAACUUAACAACCCUUGGAGGUUAGAGAAGCGUUUCUCGUAA